UAUUUAUAUAAACAUGGGCAAGAAAAAGACACCUGUAUUUCGUAAAGCUGUCGCUCAGGAAGAUCCAUCCAAGAAUGACAAGAUAAAAGCUAUUCGUACCUGGGACGACAUUGAACAUGACUCUGAGGAUGACUUUCAUGACGAAAGAGGGAAAAUAUUGCUGGAGGAUCAAGAUGAAGAUGAUCAAGACAUUAGUGAUCAUGAAGUAUAUGGAUUAGAAGGGCUUGAGUCCGAAGAAGAAGAAGAAGAAGAAAUAGACGAUGAUGAAGUUGAAGAAAGCAAAGCAGAGCCAGCUGAAGAUAAAACAUGGGGUAGCUCUAAAAAGGCUUAUUACGACGCUGAUGAAGCUAGUGAUCUUGAUGAAAUGAAGGAAGAAGAAGAGGAAGCCUUGAGAAUCCAAAAAGAACAUCUUGCUCAUAUGGAUGAAGCAGACUUUGUCGAUGACACUUUACCAGGAUGGGGAUUAGGUGCCAAUCAAGAUGCUGAGGUUGAUAAGAAGCUUGUAGAAGACGUGACUAAAGACUUGGAAGAUAUAUCAUUUAGCACAAAGCAAGCUGAAAAGCGACGAAAGAAUCUUUCUGUUGCCGAAAAGUUAAAGAUCAUUCAGAAUGAAUCACCAGAACUCAUCGACUUGUUGGAUGAAUUUAAAGAACGCUCACAGACAGUCGAACAGAUGCAGAGCCUUAUUGAUAAAAUACAGAAAAAGGAAGCACAAGAAGCGUAUGCUGCUCAGUUCAUUUUAUUCAAGUAUCAGACGCUCAUGAAUUACAUGACCAAUAUAUCCUUUUAUUUUGCAUUAAAAGCAUCACAGACAACAGAUAUUCGUGAACAUCCAGUCAUUCAAGCAUUAUUUCAUCUUCGUCAAACUAUGGAAAAAGUAGAAAGUGUAGAACAGAAAUUAAAGCCCGAGAUCAGCAAGUUCAUCACAGGCCUCGAUAGUGAAGGUGCUUUUGUAAAGCGCAAUGGCACAAAGAAGCUGGUUGAUGAAGAUGAUAUGUCAGAUAUUCAAAGUGAACAGGAGUCUGAACACUUUGACGAAGAAGAGUUUGCUGGCUUUGAUGAAGAAGAAGAAGAAGAAGAAGAAAAGGCACGUAUUGCAGACAUAGAAGAAGAAUUCAAGAGUCUAAAGAAAGCCAGCAAAAAGCGAAAGAGACAAGCCAUGGAAGACUUUGGAGAAUUGGAUGCAUUGGAUGAACUUGAUAUGGAAGAUAAGCUGGUGAAGAAGAAGUCCAUUAGGGACUACAUUGCCAAGAUUGAAUCUAAGCAAGCAAAGAACACGAACAAAUACCAAGGCGAUUCAGAUCUGCCUUAUAGAGAACGUACCAAACAAGAACCAAAGGGUGUUGCUCAACCUACGGAUAAAUCUGCUGAUUUGGAUGACGCUGACUGGGAUGAGGAUGAUGCUGCAGCGGCUAAUGAAAUUCGUAACGGAAAAGCAGACUCAGACGAAGAAUAUUAUGCAGAUAUCGUUGCUGCAAAGAGAGCAAGUAAGCAAGCUAAACUAGAAGAAUAUGAAGCUUCGAGACCAGAGAUAUUAGACAGAGAUGUGGGAGUUGAUGAUGGUCAGAAACGAUUAGCAAGCUACAAGAUUUUGAAGAAUAGAGGAUUAACACCACAUCGUAAGAAGGAGAAUAGAAAUGCACGUGUGAAGAAUAGAAUGAAAUACGACAAGAAGAUGAAGAAGCUUUCUUCGACAAGAGCAGUCUACAAGGCACCUGCAUCUAACUAUGGAGGUGAAAUGAGUGGUGUAAAGACAAAUAUUGUCAAAUCAGUCAAAUUAUCAAAAUAAUAAAGUUAAACCUCUCUUCUCCUUUUUUAAUUGAUCAACA